UUCUUUCAGAUCAAAAUUGUUCAGGUUAAGGCGAAGAAGCCUUUUCAUUUGUCCAUCUUUUCAUAUUUAUCUUGAUGAAGAUUCAGGAAGAAUUCAUGGCAGAGGUUGGAAAGGAGAAAAGGACUGGAACCCAUGAAGCAGCAGGAAAUUCUACUACUGUUGACCGCAAAAGGAAAAGGUCUGCUUCACCAGCUGGAAGAACUGAAGACAUAUCACCACUACUGAAGAAGUUGGAGUCACGAGAGUUUGAUCAUAUCCCUACAAACAAAGAAAUCAUAUUAAAGGAUUUAGUGGGCUCUUGGAUCAUCACAGCUGAACCACCAAUGGAAAAGGUUAAGAAAAAUAUGAGCACUCCUGUGGAUAAUGAGUGGGAAUGGGAAGAAAUUAUUGCAGAAGAGAACAAUGAGGAGUGGGAAUGGGAAGAAAUUAUUGCAGAAGAGAACAGCGAGGAUGUUAGUUUCAUUUUGAAGGAAGAUGAGGAUAAGAACAUCGAUAUUGAAUCCACAAGAAAACAGAUUGAAGAGCUAUCUAUUGAACCAGAAAAUCAAUAUGAGAGUCCAAUGAUGGAAGUGGAUGAAACUCAAGAUGACUCUUGAACCACUGAGAUUUUCAUGUGUAUUUAUUAGACUUUCAAAUGUUAGAUAGUUAGUAUAUGUUGUUUAUCUAAUUAGAUAAUUAGCAUCUGUUAUUUAUUUAAUUAGAUCAUUUGUAUUUGUUGUUUAUUUAAUUAAGCCUUAGUAGAUUAAAAACUAUGAGGUGUAAAAUGUUUAUUCAGCUUGUAAAUACUCCUUGAACCUUUAUUCAGCUUGUAAAAUGUUUAGCAGUUUUUCAUGUAAAUACUAUUAAAAUAAUCCAGAAUUAAAUUGUUUAUUUUUUGCUUGAUAUUUUGAGCACUGCUGUACGGUGAAAUGUUAGUACGUGAAUUUUUCAGCUGAAUUUCUGAGAUUCAAAGGAACAUAAGUUUUUGGGAAUUGCUAGUGCAGGUAUGAGAUGGAACUUACACAUCCUAUUCAGAAUCUCCUUGGUGGAGAGCUUGUUUGCGCUAUGCAGCCUAUGCUCAUCCAGGUAAUAUU